CGCGGGGGCGGCGCGGCGCAGCGCGCAGGCGCGGGCCGGGCCGCCAUGGCGGCGGCGCCCGAGGCCUUCCUGGUACCGCCUCCGCCGCCUCCGCCCCCCGCGGCCCCUCAGAGAGCCCCCGAGACCCCCCGGCCCCGCAACGGCCUCCGCGCCCCGGGCGGCGGCGGCGGCGGCGGCGGGGGCGGGAAGCGGCGCAGCAGCUGCGGGGCCAAGCAGCCGGCGUGGAAGCGGCGGCGCCGCGCGGCCUCGGAGUGCGGGCCGCCGGUGCUGCCCUCGGAGUUCCUGCUCGGCGGGAACAUCUUCGACCCGCUCAACCUCAACAGCCUCCUGGACGAGGAGGUGAGCCGGGCGCUCAACGCGCGCACCCCGCAGUCCUCGCCGCUGCCGGCGCGGGGCCGGGACCCCGUGGAGAUCCUGGUGCCCAGGGACAUCACGGACCCGCUGAGCCUCAACGCGCCGGGCGACGACGGGCCCGAGGUGCGGCUGGCGAGCCCCGCCAAGAGCGGCCGGAGGAGGCACCGGCACCGCGGGCAGCAGCGGGCCAACAGCGCCAGGAACAGCGCCAGCAGCGGCGGCGGCACCGGGAGUAAUAACGGCGGCGGCGGCAAUGCCGGGAGCGGCGCCGGGAACGGCGCCGGGAGCAACGGCCCCGAGGAGCCCCCCGAGCCCGGCCCCACCGGCCGCCACCGCAAGCGCCGACGGACUUGCAGCAAAUCCGAGGGGCCGCGCCCGCCGCCGCCUCCCCCUCCUCAUCCUCCCGCCGCCGCCCAGAACCACGAGAAGCCCCCGCAGGAGAAGGCGGGGAAGCCCCCCGGGAAGGCGCCGCGGCGCCAGGAGCGCAAGUUCCAGUACGGGAACUACUGCAAGUACUACGGGUACCGCAACCCCGACGUGGAGGACUCGCGGCUGCGGGCGCUGCGCCCCGAGUGGUUCGCGGGCAAGGAGGUGCUGGACGUGGGGUGCAACGUGGGGCACCUCACCCUGAGCAUCGCCAAGCGCUGGGGGCCCGCCCGGGUCGUGGGGCUGGACAUUGACGGGCGGCUGGUGCGCUCGGCGCGGCAGAACAUCCGCCACUACCUGUCCGAGGGGCUCGGGGAAGGGCAGGGAGGGGAGAGGAGGGGGUUUCCCGCCGCGCUCUUGGCCAGCCGGGGACCCAUCGCGGCCCCGCAGCUCCCCCCGGACGGGCCCGGGGCGGCCGAGUUCCCGCACAACGUGGUGUUCGUCACGGUGAGUGGCGGGAGG